GAACGUUGAUUAGAAGUUGUGUCGAGAAAUCAGCUCAUUCAAUAAGGUCAAAAUUACAGUAUUAUGCAUCCAGUGAGAUUUGGAGCCCUAACAUUUGGAAAACUGCUGAGAUAACGAGGUAUACAGCAGAAUGAUGUAAAGGAGUGUUGAGUGUAGUAGGAGCACAGCACCAGUCAUGGAGCUUUCACCACACGUACAAGAGAAGCUUCUCUCAGGCCACAAGCUCACUGCUGUAGUUGAAGCAGGACUCGUACAAGAAUUUAUCAAGACAACACGAGUCGUGGCACUGAUUGAAGUAACUACUCAGGAAAUCAAGCAAGGAGGAGAGCAGGCAUUGCUUAUCUUCCAGACUGCAAGAGUUCCAGUUCACAGUGCAAUUGACCUUAGCAUUGAGCAAGUUCUUCCAAUUGACAGUAAUCUCAAGUGUGAGCUUGAUACAUCAAGUACAGAUGUUGAUACUGAUGUCCUAGUGAAUAUCACAUCGGGUAAAGUUCGGCUACUUUUUGAAAUGCCAUUCAGUCAACGUACAAAUACUUUCGUCUCGGAAGUUUUAAGAGCUGCUGAAGUUAUCAGUAAGCGCCGUGGGCCACCUCCAGAAUUUACCUGGCUGCUACCAUAUCAUCAGAGCUCAUCCAGCAAUACCAGUGCAAGAGAGACAGCAGACAUGAGGCUCUCUGUGCCAGCUACUUGUUCAGAUGGUGUGGCUGGUGAUGCAGUCAGCCCACGUGAUGUUAGUGUGGAUGUUGCACAGAUCCCACCUACACCUUACCUUGACCCUGCUCUCAGUAAUGCUGACAACAGUAGUUUGCAUCAUGACAGUGACAAGAGCCCCGAUCUUGGGGUUAACAGACACAAUAUUGCCCAAGGAAUUUCCCCAACACCCAUUGCUGCUCGGGAGAGUCACAUCAGACACCAGAUGGCACUUCGUGAGGAUUCCUAUACAGAUAUUCAGAAUUUUACAGUUUUUGCAGGCACGUGGAAUGUUAAUGGUAGAUCACCAACUGUUGGGCUCGCUGAGUGGCUGUCUGUGGAUGAAGACCCUCCUGAUGUGUAUGGUAUAGGCUUCCAGGAAUUAGACCUUAACACAGAAACAUUCCUUUUCAAUAAUACUCCAAAGGAACAAGAAUGGCUAAAUGCAGUACUGAAUGGCAUCCACCCGAAAGCUAAGUACCAGAAAGUGCGUUUGGUCCGUCUUGUGGGAAUGAUGCUCAUUGUGCUGGUGCAAGAGAAACACUUGGCUUAUGUUCGCAGUGUUUCCACUGACACUGUUGGUACUGGCAUCAUGAAUAAAAUGGGAAACAAAGGCGCUGUGUCUGUGAGGCUAGAUUUACACAGCACAUCUAUUUGUUUUGUCAAUGCACACUUGGCAGCACACCAAGAGGAGUUGGACCGCAGAAAUGAAGACCAUGACUGUAUAUUUCAGCGAACGUGCUUCAACUUAAACAUUAACAGCCCACCCAAAACUAUAAAAGACCAUGAGCAUAUAUACUUCAUUGGGGACAUGAACUACCGGAUAAAUCCCUGUGAUGUGAACAUCAGGGAGGUUGCGAGCAGUAAUAAAUUCAGUAUUCUCCUGGAAAAUGACCAACUUACACAGCAGCGAAAUUUAAAACGAAUAUUUCACAAAUUCAAGGAAGGGAACAUUACCUUCAGACCGACAUUCAAGUAUGACGUUGACAGCGAUGAAUGGGACUCAAGUGAGAAGGCAAGAUUACCUGCUUGGUGCGACCGAAUUCUGUGGCAUGGAGAAGGAAUCGCUCAAGUUGUGUAUCGCUCACAUCCAGCCCUGAAGAUUAGUGACCAUAAGCCUGUGAGCGCUCUCUUCCAGGCUGGGAUAAAGGUGAUUGACACACGCCGGUAUCGACGUAUUUACGAGGAAGUGAUGAAGAAGCUUGAUAAGCUUGAAAAUGAAUUUUUACCUCAGGUAACCAUUGAUACCACAGAGAUUAUUUUAGAACCAGUGAAAUUUCUUCAGCCACAAACUAAAUACCUCACAAUUGCAAAUACUGGGCAGGUACCUGUGCAGUUUGAAUUUAUUAAAAAGUUAAAUGAUACUAGUUUCUGCAAGCCAUGGCUUUCUAUUAGACCAUAUGUUAACUUUAUUAUGCCAGGUGAUAAAUGUGAUGUUGCACUUGAGGUACUGGUGGACAAGCGUACAGCAGCACAGCUCAACUCAGGAACAGACAAACUCUAUGAUAUUCUUGUGCUGCACUUGGAAGGUGGCAAAGAUCUCUUUAUUACUAUCACUGGUGACUAUGAGAGAAGUUGUUUUGGAUCUUCCAUAAAUGCUCUUGUUCACAUGAAUAAGCCUUUCAAGGAAGUCUCUAUGGCUAAAUUGAUUGACCUGGAAAGUAAACAGCCUAGGGACUUAAGUGAGAUGCCUUAUGCUGUGCCAAAAGAACUGUGGUAUUUGGUUGACCACCUCCACUCACAUGCUCUACAAGUGGAGGGUCUUUUUACUUACAGUGGUCUCCAAAAGGAAAUUGUAGAAAUCAGGACUAGCUUAGACGAAGGAGUUCCCAGUGAUCUGCUACCAGGCAGUGUUCAUUCUGUAGCAGAAGCUCUACUACUAUUUUUGGAGGCAUUACCAGAACCUGUUAUUCCUUAUAGUCUUUACCAUGCUGCAUUGGAGGCAACACCAAACUUUUCUCUCUGCAAAGAUAUAAUAUACAAGCUGCCUGAUUACCAUCGGAAUGUAUUUACUUACCUAAUGGCGUUCCUGAAAGAACUUCUAAACCACUCAGAAGAUAAUAACCUUGAUGCUAAAACUCUUGCCUUGGUUUUUGGCAGCAUAUUACUGAGAGAGCCUGUUAAUGCAGCUUCAGAUCGCCGGACCUCACCUCAAGCAGUCGAGAGAAAGAAACAGACUUUUGUCCAUCAUUUUCUCAUGAAUGAAUACGAGUAAGGAUAAUUCAUACAGGUUACCCUGUCUCGGUGGGAGACGGACAGUGUGUUAAAAAAUGCAGGGUAUUCUUUAAUGUGCAAUGUUUCACCCAUGAAGGAUGUUUAUCAAGUACAUAGCAAAUAUAUCACAAGACGCAUAGCAUACAGUAAGUGAAAUCAGGGUGAACAGGUUAGGUAACACAUUGCAAAAGGAGUACUGCAGUAAGUCCACCAGCCAGUGCUAGGUACAAGAAAGGGAUGGGAGGGUAAAGGCAUUAAAGGAAGAAUGAAGGAACACUGCAGUAGGAAUGUUGACUCAUGUUAAGUUUUCCAUGGUGAUCUUAGGACAGCAUGAGAGAUUGGCCUAGCCAAGAUAUACUAUUCUCAGUUUUGUUCAUUGGUGUUGCUGAAAUUCAUUGGUUGAAGCUUCAAGGCAUAUAUGCAUAUUUCUCUGUUAUUUUCUUGGAAAUAAGUGUCCAGGGCCCAAGACUGUUCAGUUGCCUCCCAGCAUACAUAAGGGGGAUUACCAAUUGACCCCUGGCUGUCUUCAAGAAGGCACUGGACAGGCACCUAAAGUCAGUACCUGACCAACCGGGCUGUGGUUCGUACAUCAGCUUGCAUGCGGCCAGCAGUAACAGCCUGGUUGAUCAGACCCUGAUCCACCUUGAGGCCUGGCCUCAGACUGGGCCGCGGGGGUGUUGACCCCCGAAACCCUCUCCAGGUAACCCCAGGUAAGUAUGUCCUUUGCCAUGAAAAGGGAAUGUGAGUUAUAGUGCACUGUGCAUAUAUUAUUAGUGUUUCCAGCAGAAAUUACCAGAACUUUUAGACUUAGUAAAUCACUAAAGAAAGCAGGGGUCUACAGUAUUCUAUAUGGGAGAUGUAUUAAGGUUUACAUAAGGAAAACAGCUGGAGGUGUACUUGCAUGUCUUCAGGUGCAUAAAUAUAAUGGCAGAGAUUAACAACACUGACAAUACAUGCAUAAUGCACCAUAAUUCUCUUGUCCUCAUGGCAUGAAACAACUAACUCAUUUUUCUCCAUACCCCUCAUGGAAGGUUCCUUGAUGCUGGUGAAAAGUUCUUGCAUCAAGGAAUUGGUCAUGUCUUUCCUUCCUUGGAUCGAACUUGAUUACCUACCAUUUCUCAGGCACCGUGUGACUGGGGGAUUUACUGAUUCCUUCUAAAUAUAAUAGAUGGGAGCAAGUGGAGUCAGAUGCACCAUAAUUGCCUUUCCCACCUCCAAGACUUGACUCUUAGUGGUGGGAAGGGCAGUGUUUACACUCUGGAGGGGUAUGGAUGUUGCAGUUCAAAGUUCCAGCUAUAUUGUGAUGUCAGCACUCAUCUGGAAAAGCAUAGAUUGAGUGAAUGAUGGCAAAUGUGUUUUCUUCUUUGGGUUAUGUUGCCUUGGUGGUCGACAAUCGUUGAGGUAAAUAAGAAUAAUAUAAGAAUAAAAAUAAGUACAGUGGGAAGUACAGUGUCUGCAUUCUAAAGGAGGACUGGGGAUAUUUGCUGUUUGGAGGAACAUCUAAACUCUCAUAUCUACACACCUCUGAAAAGACAGUGACAGUGUAAAUGAUGGUGAAAGUGUUUCUUUUUUCAGAUCACUCUACCUUGGUGGGAGAUAGCCAGCACAUUAAAAAAAAAAUCUUGAAGCCUCAACCAUUUAACUCACAUGAGCUGGUGAGCUUACUGCAGUGGUCCUCUUGUGUUGUGUUACCUGAUGUCCUCUUUACCUUGACAUUACUGUAUGCUGAUGUGUUUUGUGAUAUGAUCUCUCUGGGUUGAAUGUUGCAUACUAAAGGUUUCCUUGCCUGUUAUGUCUUAAUCUUUUCAUACUAGUAUUUUGAUAUUAAUGUACUCUUAUUUUAGAUGCCUUGUACUUGCUGCUUUGUCAUCAUAAUGUGUGCAGGUACAGUAGUUUGGAACUUGAUCAAUGCAUUCUUUUCAAAAGUAGAUUAAAGGUUGUUAAAAUUUUAUGAAGAGAAAGACAUUGUAAAAAUACUUAAAAAAUUGUCAGUUUUACAAAAUGCAGUGGUACCUUGAGUUACGAACUUAAUUCGUUCCAGAAGGUUGUUUGAGUGGCGAUACCGAAUGAAUUUGUUCACAUAAGGAAUAUGUAAAUUAGAUUAGUGUGUUUCAGACCCCCAAAAAUACACUUACAAAAGCACUUACAUAAUUGUUCGAGUUGGGAGCUGUUCGAAACUCAAGGUACCACUGUACUUAAAAAAUUGCUAGUUUUGCCUGAGACAUUUUAUCUUGAGGAGUUUCAGAUUGGUUUUAUUUAAGGGCACACCAGAGUGUCAAUAUCAGUGGAUAUCGGCUAAUUUUGAUGGUAUCGGUGCCAGUAUCACUGGGUAUUAGCUACUCUUGAUGGUAUUGGUAUCAGCAAAAGAUUUGGUAUCUCCCAUCUCUGGUUUUAUUAUAAAUAAAAUUUGGUGGUAUGGUUUUUUAUUGAAUGGUAUAAUUUAAUAACAUUAAUUCUAUCUUCACUGGGUAAAUAGUAGGACCUGCCUAACAGUGUUAAUGCAUUCCUGAAAAUUAUUUGCAAGUUGACUGUUCAGAACUUGAAACCUGUUUUCCCAUAGACACCCAUGUUAUAAUCAGAGAUGCAUUCUCAAACCAUAAUAUUGAUUAUCUAAUUCUUUUUUUUUAUAUUAAGUAUAUUUACACAGUAGUUUUCAUUCAAUACUAUUCAUUUUCAAUUAUGAAUAGUAUUAAACAUUAUUUAAUAUAAUCUAUAUAUGCAAAACAACCACAGACAGAAGUUGAAUGAUAGCUCAGGGCCUUUUGUGUUACAGGCCACUUUUUGAAGAACUUGCAACAGUGCAACACGAAAGGCCUAGAGCUAUCAUUCAGUUUCCCCCUGUGGUUUUGUAUUUGUUAUCACUAGUUUGCAGUUAUUCCACAUUAUAUAUACAGCCUCUCCUCACUUAACACUGGAGAUAGGGACCUAAGACCCCGUCGGUAAAUGAAUUUGUCACUAAACGAGGAGCAUACUAUAAUGGUAGUGAAUUUGUCACCCAUCUUCGAUAUUGUUUUAAUGUCACCUUUACACCAUUUAUAACAUUUCUGGUAUAUUUUCAAAUGUUUAUACAGCAGUGUACUGUAUAUUGUAAUGAACAGAACUUAGGAAAUCAGCUCUAAUAUGCAUUAUUUAGGUAUAAAUACUGGUCAGAGAGCCCGUGGUAAGCCCGAGGCAUCGGUAAACAAGUAUGUUGCUAAGAUGAGGAGACGGCCGACUUGUUGAAAAAAAAAAAUAGUAGUAGGUUGGUAAGUAGCAACCGCCCAGGGAGGUACUACCGUCCUGCCAAGUGAGUGUAAAACGGAAACCUGUAAUUGUUUUACAUGAUGGUAGGAUUGCUGCUGUCCAUUUUUCUGUCUCAUAAACAUGCAAGGUUUCAGGUACGUCUUGCUACUUCUACUUACACAUAGGUCACACUACACAUACAUGUACAAGCAUAUAUGUAUAUACACACCCCUCUGGGUUUUCUUCCAUUUUUCUUACUAGUUCUUGUUCUUGUUUAUUUCCUCUUACCUCCAUGGGGAAGUGGAACAGAAUUCUUCCUCCGUAAGCCAUGCGUGUUGUAAGAGGCGACUAAAAUGCCGGGAGCAAGGGGCUAGUAACCACUUCUCUUGUAUAUAUUACUAAAUGUAAAAGGAGAAACUUUCGUUUUUCCUUUUGGGCCAUCCCGCCUCGGUGGGAUACGGCCGGUGUGUUGAAAGAAGAAAGAAUAUAUAUAUAUACAUGUAUAUAUAUGGAAAUGGGAAGUACAAUGCCUGCACUUUAAAGGAGGGGUUUGGGAUAUUGGCAGUUUGGAGGGAUAUGUUGUGUAUCUUUAUACAUAUAUGCUUCUAAACUGUUGUAUUCUGAGCACCUCUGCAAAAACAGUGAUAAUGUGUGAGUGUGAUGAAAGUGUUGAAUGAUGAUGAAAGUAUUUUCUUUUUGGGGAUUUUCUUUCUUUUUUGGGUCACCCUGCUUCGGUGGGAGACGCCGACUUGUUGAAAAAAAAAUAUAUAUAUAUAUAUAUAUAUAUAUAUAUAUAUAUAUGACUUGUGAGUUUUCUGUUUUGAAGAAUAUAAACAAGAAUAACACAUGAAUGAUGAAGCUUUGAAUUAAAAGGUGUAUCAUGCUAGGUGAGGAUUAUUAUGAGUAUUUGUAAUCUCUGCCUUGUGUAUUGUUAUCACAGUAUGUAAGAUGAAGAGACUUGUGAGUUGAUGGCCUAAGUGGCUGACAACGACAACAACAACGAACGACAACACACACACACACACACUCUACACACAAAAUGACUUGAAAUAGCGAAGUGGUUUGGACAUUUAGAAUCUUUUUGAAAGAUUAGACAGACAUAUUUGAAUAAUGAGAGAGGCACCACAAUAUUGUGUCAAACUUUAUAGUUUGGUGAAAUAUGUAAAGUUUGGAUAAACAACCCCAGUGAAGAGUGAAAGACAUUGGUGUACUAAUAUUCCUCAGGAGACAGAAAUUUUAAAUAAAAUUAAUAUUUUAUAUAUUAAAAUUUGUAUUUUGGUUCAUUAAUAAUUAGCAUGCAUAAUUAUUUGAGCAUUCAGCUCAGUUUAAAGAAUAAUUCUAUUUCUGGUGGUUAGGGCGAGAUGUACAGUAUACUUAACUAUCUCUGUAUUGUACCAGUUGCCCACAUUUACCUAGUGGUAAAUAGGUGCCUAAGCAUUAAUCAGCUCUUGUGGGUUGCAUCUUGGGGAGGAUGCCAAUGAAAAAAGCUGUACUUUAGUAAAACUUCAAUUUAACUGAUUUCAGAGAUAAAAUCUUCUGCAUAAAUUGAUUUCAAAAAUAAUGAACAAAGUCCAUUGUUUCUGAAAUUUUUAUCCACCACAAAAGAUCAGUAUAGUUGCUCUGCAGUACUUUUAACUUCUAUAUUUUCAAUGAUUGCUUUAGUGUGCAUUUUACUGUACGUAUACUGUAGUGUAUUAUAGUGUUCCUGUUUUUAACAUUAUUCAGGUUUCAUGGGCACUCAGUAUCACUGGACACACACACUCCUUCCUUUUAGUCUGCUAAAUUGAGGUUUUAUUAUUCAGUGUUUAGAACACUAUGCUGAUGUGCUUGAAGGAAACUCAAGGAUGAAAACUAUGGUUAUUUCUUGUAAUGUGUAAAUUUUUUAUUGUUGAUAUAAUAGUUAAAACUGCUUGUAAUCAACUAAAAAUGCUCAUUCUUUAUACUGUGGUUUGACCAUGAACUAUUAGAGACUAUUUAGACCACAUUUUAACCCGUAAAUGGUCCAAACGUAUAUACGUUUUUUCAACAUUUGACUAUGUAAAAAAUACUUUGAUCUACUUUUUUUUUGUUAUAUUUGAAAAUAUGUAAAAAAAAAAGUAGAUCUACUUUUGUAGCACUACACAUGUAAACGUAGAUCUGCUUGGACCGUUUACGGGUUAAUGAAUAUGGUAAAAGGGUUAUUAAAUGCAAGAUAUGCUGUUGUGUGAUCAGUUGCAAGGUUAGAUAUAUUGUGUUGUGGAAGAUAUGCAAUAUCAUUAGGAUGAAUGCUACUUCAAGAAAGGUGUCUUGAUCCAUAAAAUUGUUUCUAUUCUUCCUUGGAUCAGACCCGAUUGAAUUAAAUUGAGUUAUGUAUUUCCUACUGGUUUAGCACCCCUACCCCUGAAUAUAACAAUUUAAGGUGAUUGUUUUUUUUUUUUUUUUUUUUUGUAUAAUCAUUUUCAUUAGUUAGUACUGCCUACAGGAGGUCCUUAACUUAGAAAUGCUUAGUUACAGUUGUCUGCACUUAUAAAUGGAGCACUCAUGAACCAGUUAAGUUUCAAAACUGCCAAGCCACACUAUACAUCACUGUACACAUAACUCUUAAUUUGAAAAACCAGAACCUCUACUCGUUUGUAAGUUCUGUACCUCGUGCAAAAUAUUUUGUAUAUGAUGUAAUCUUUUUUUAAAUUCAUGGGAAGCAUUAUGCUCAUAAGGCUCAUACAGCCUCUUAGCUCUAAGGAGUGGGGUGAAAAUCAGGUUUGAUCUGAUGAAGGGUAGGGUAGUUUGUUCCUUAAAUCAAGAGCCUUUCAGCAACACCAAGGCACUUCCCAUGAAGGAAUUUAUAAAAGGCCAAAUGGGCAAUAGAUGAAGAUUCUUCAUUGAAUAUAAUUCUGAUAAUUUUAUUAAUGCUUAAAAUUUUAAUUUGAGAAAUUAAUUAAAUCCUCACUAAUGGGCUCUUGAUCCAGGGAAGUGGACUUACCUUCUCCUUUUUUAGGAUUGAUCCUGAUUGCUUUCAGAGUCAGUGUUUCCCUCAAGAUUGUACUAAAUUGUAAGCAGUAGCUUAUGCCUAGAUUGCAAUUCCAAAUAUAUUUUUCAAACCCAAAAUACUACACACUUGGAAUUUAUUAAAGUAGCAAAUGAUUGGUUUACUACAAGUUGUGCAAUAUAUGCUUUAAUAAUGUUGCUCAAGAAUUGUCAUGUCAGUUAACAAUAAUCACCUUUUGUAACCAUUUGUGAUAUUUGAAGGAUUAAUACAGUCUUAUUGUCUUUGAUGAAAGAAUGGCAAGAGUGAUUGUAAUAUACAGUUAUAAUUUGCUGCACUAGUUAUGUAAUAUUUAUGUCGUAAACAUAUUACUAAUUAAGUUGAGAAGGCAAGAUACAAUAUAUGAUAAUCUUGUUAAGA